CCUAACUCUCUAAUGUCAUUUUAUAUUUGUCAGUUGUCUAUUUUGUUGCGCGAUUGACGAUUCCUUGCAUUUGAGUCCACUACAUAUAAAUUUUAAACAUGUCUUCGCAGAUGUCGGCUAUAGAACUGCUUAAACUAGGAGACGAAGGGAGGAUAAAGCCAACCUUGAAUGUGUAUUGGCCAUAUGUUUUAGGCCUUGCAUUCGGCGUUGGCACCGGAGCAUUCCUUAACUUCCAAUCAAGACGACCACCUUUUAGUGGUAUUCAGAAGCAUGUAUUUAGUGUCGCCGGCUGGACAGCUCUACUAUCUUUUGUACAAAAUAAACGGGACGAGUACCUCGCCGAGAAGGAUGCUGUUUUGAGACAUUAUAUUGAAUUGCAUCCAGAGGAUUUCCCCACCCCAGAGAGGAGGAAGAUUGGUGAUAUUCUGGAGCCCUGGAUUCCAGUCCGUUAAAUAAAAUGGAAAUUAAUAGUGGUUGUAAAUGAAUCUUGUAUAAUAUGUUAAAAUUAUUUAUCACUUGUAAUACAUUUUCAUAUGUUACAGUGAUAUAAAGCUAAAAAGUAGAUAAUUUGGUCUGUUA